AUGGCUUCGACCGACUCCGACGAUGGCGGAGACCUCUCGAACCAGUCGCUCCUCAUCCUCAUCUGGGUUUCCUUCUCGGCCGCCUUCCUCCUCGUCGCCCUGCGCACCGUCAUUCGCAUCCGAUCUCCUGCGACCCGCCAGGUUGCCCCGCUGGAAGACUGCUGGAUUUUCCUCGCCCUCGCCGCACUGCUGGCCCUGUGCGUCCUCGAGACCAUCCAACUCCCCAGCCAGUACUACAUCACGGGUGUGCUGUCGGGUGCCAUCCCGAUCACGUCGUUCGAGACCGUCAUCGCCCACACCGAACGCUACCUGCGCUUCCAGUUCCCCAUCGUCAUCCUCUUCUGGACCGUGCUCUGGUCCGUCAAGGCCGCCUUCCUCGCUCUGUACUGGCGUCUAUUCCGCGACCUGACGUGGUACCGCCGCGCCUGGUUCGUCCUGGCCGUUUUCACCUUGCUCGCCUAUGGGGGUUGCGUGACCACCCUUUUGCUGUCGUGCGGGCCUGAUGUCAGGAACUUCUUCGCUUUCAACAAAUGCGCGGGGCCCCAGAAUGUAUGGUCCAGCAACUUUAGCGUCUACUUCAGCACCGCCGUCGACGUCUUCACCGACGUCUGCAUCAUGGCGAUGCCGCUGCGCCUGAUCUACAACGUGAAGGUGUCGCUAAAGCAAAAAGUCGGGCUGGUGUGUGUGUUUAGCCUGGGCUUUGUCAUGAUCGUCUUCGCCAUCAUCCGCGCGAACCAGAGCUUGGCCCAACAAGGGUUUGUCAACUUGACGUUACUCAUGACCUGGUCCACCUUGGCGGCGUCGAUAUCCGUCCUUGUCGGCACCCUCCCCGCCCUCAAAGUCCUCAUCACAACUACCGUCCGCGCCUCCGAAAACCGCUCCGGCGACGGCUCCCGAGGCACCCAAAGGAAGGAUUCCACCUUCGGCACCCACAAGAGCGUGAAAAGCGCCAAGAGCGUCGCCCUCAGCUCGCUCAGGAGAGACAGCCACAACCUGAGGUCCGUGACCGGCUCGAAUUCGGACGCGACCGAGUCGCAGGAGGAGAUUCUGGUGCAGCGAGACGUGACCGUCUCCUACACCCAACUCCCACGUCCGUCCCCUACCCGUUACCAUCAGAGAUACCAGGAACCCUAG